AUGGAGUUCCUCACAGUACAUUUUCAGUGGUGGAAGAGACCCUCUGGAGUUGCUGCAGUGUGUCUGGGGCUGCUGUGUGUUCUCCUACUGGCUGGGAUCAUAGGCCUGUCUGUCUACUGUAAGUUUAGUAUUAAAGAGAGAGACCAGCUACGGACCAGUUACAACACCCUGACUAAAGAGAGAGACCAGCUACACACCAGAUACAACAACCUGACUAAAGAGAGAGACCAGCUGAGGACCAGUUACAACACCCUGAGUAAAGAGAGAGACCAGCUACAGACCAGUUACAACACCCUGACUAAAGAGAGAGACCAGCUACAGACCAGUUACAACACCCUGACUAAAGAGAGAGACCAGCUACGGACCAGUUACAACACCCUGUCUAAAGAGAGAGACCAGCUACGGACCAGUUACAACACCCUGACUAAAGAGAGAGACCAGCUACGGGCCAGUUACAACACCCUGACUAAAGAGAGAGACCAGCUACACACCAGAUACAACAACCUGACUAAAGAGGCCCAGGCUGACAGUACUCUAGAACCCGGUUCUACCAUCUCUGUGCCCUUCACCGUGGCAAUGGCCAUCUGA